AUGUCAAACACUUUAAAAUUUGUUAAUUUACAUUUUUGUACCACACUGUUGAAAAUAAGCUAUCAAUAUAAGCUAUCAGAGGUAUUACCACUGCCCACAGUGGCCCCAGAAGAGCGGGUUGACUGGCUGGCUAACGUUUGGAACCUUAAAGCCUCACAAAAGAUAAAGAUCUUCAUCUGGAACUCCCUACAUGGUGCCCUGCCAGUAGGAGAACAAUUUGCAAUUAGACAAAUUCCACUCCCCAACCAAUGCCCACGAUGCAGAGAUGAAGAAUCAAUAACUCAUGCACUGUUUACCUGCUCAUACGCUACAAGGGUGUGGAACCUAGCUCCUUUAGCAGGGCUUUUUCAUGCUAAUCUGGUGGACAGCACACUCUCAGGACUCGAUAGAUCAAGGAGGAUCCCAUCUCUGCCUCCAGUGGGUCUAGAUGCAGGAACGCUCUCAGCCUGGAUUGUAUGGUCCAUCUGGCUCUCUAGAAAUCAACUCCUCUUCCAACACAGAAGCUUUACUCUAGAAGAAACCAUAACCAAAGCUGUGACAGACGCCAGGGAGUGGACACUCGCCCAGAACCAUACCAACACCGCUUCGCCUCCAACACGGAUGAUCAAUCUUGAACCAAAUCCAAAUCGGCCGAACCAUCUCUCGAUCUACACGGACGCAGCCUGGAAUCCCUCGACGGACGGUGCAGGAUUUGGUUGGAUGAUUGAUGAUCCGAUCACACCAUCCCAACAUUCAGCGACCGAGACAUUUGUCUCAUCGCCCCUAAUGGCGGAAGCUUUGGCUCUUCGACAAGCCAUAAUCUUCGCCUUCAACCGUGGAAUUGGAUCCACCGUGAUACACUCAGACUCUCAAUCUUUAAUCAAGAUGAUCAGGAGCAACUCUUUUGUUUUGGAGAUCUACGGAAUCCUCCACGAUAUCUUCUCGCUCUCUAAUGCUUUCAGUUUGAUUGAGUUUAUGUUUACCCCUAGAGCUGCCAAUGAUAGGGCAGACUCUAUAGCCAAACAUGCAUUGUAUGCACUGAACCAAUUCUAAUUUUAAUCAAUUUGCGGUUUGCACAAAAAAAGAAGCUAUCAAUAUGAAUGAUCUGUCUACAAAUGCUAUUUUAAAAGUCUAUUAAGUUUCUGUUAUUAAAUAUAGUGACUGGUUUAAUUUUAAAUUUUAAUAAUACAAGUAAAUGACUGAUUUUUUAGAAAAAUAUAAUCAAGCUUAUUUUAUAUCUAUUCUAUUAAAAUACAAGUCAUAACUCCUUUUCAUGUGUGACAGAUAUUCCAUAUUUUCUGAAUUACAUUUGAAUAAAAAAAAUUCAUAUCUUUUUAUUUACAAUAUAAAUAUAUAUUUCAUUUUUCACUAAAGAAAACAUUUUAAAUAAUUUAAUUACUUAUGUAUUUGUUUAAAUAUAAAUGUAUAUUUUGUUUUUCACUUAAACAAACCUAAUAAAUAUUUAAUUAAUUUCGUAAUUAUUUAAAAUGUAAAUUUAUAAUUCAAUUUUUACUAAAAUAAACGUGUUUUAAAUUUGUGAUAUUAAUUUAACAAAAUAUUUUCAAUUAAAUUUUUGAUCUCUCGCAGUUAAGAUUUGUUAAUUUAGUUUUUUUUUUCUACCACACUGUUGAAAAUAGGUUAUCAAUAUGAAUGAUCGAUCUACAAAUACUAUUUUAAAAUUCCAUUAAGUUUCUGUUAUUAAAUAUAGUGGCCAGUUUAAUUUAAUAUUUUAAUAAUAUAAGUAUAUGACUUCUUUUUGUAGAAAAAAGAUAAUCAAGCUUAUUUUAUAUAGACCAUAUUCAUAUAUUAUUCAUUAAUGUCAUUGUUUUUUUUUUCUUGUGCAAUUUUUAAAGUGUAAUGGGUAUUGUAACAAUUUAUUUCAUUAACAUAAAUGACCGAUGAAUGAUUGAAAAAUAUAUUUCAUGUGAAUAUUUAUAUUUUCAGUGUACUUAUUAUCAAAUGUAAUUGUAGAUUUAAGUGUAAAUUAUAUAACAUGAUGUAUGAUAGAUAAAGAAUUAUAAAUAAAAGAAUUAACGUUUAAAAAUAAUUUUUAAAUAAUCCAAGAUGUUUGGGACAAAAACAAAGAUGGAGAGAAAAUUCAGUUUUAAAAGGACAAAAACAAAAACAAUGCAUUACAAUUUCCGGUUUAACGUUUUUUUUUUUACAAUUUCCGGUUUAACAAUUUAAAUGAAGCAGACAUUUUAUAAAUUACACUUAAUAUAGGUUAUUCAGUCAAAGAUUUAAUUCAUACAAAUAAUUUGAGUAACAUAUAUGUAUGAAAAAAAUCUAAAUACAAUAAUAAUCUUAAGGAAAUUAAUAUCUAAGUUAUUAUUAAAUUGAACAGAAUUUUUCGUAAGUAUCACAUAAUGUAAGGUUUUAUUUAGUCUUCAUGUUUUAAUAAGAAAGGUGUCACUAAUAAUUUGAAACAAUAAAUUAAAUUACUGCAUGCAAACUAUAAAAUUGUUGUUUUGAAAAUAUUGUAUUAAACUAUUAGUAAUAUGGUAACUAUUAAAAUUAUGGGGUUUUUUCAAAUAUGACCUAAAAUUUCAAGUCAAACACAAAAAUAACCCAUAUUUUUUUUUAAACUUUCUUUUUCCCUAUUUCUUUUUUUGAAAAUGAUUAUUUUAUCUUAUUAUCCUCAUCUUCCAAGUAUUUAUAAUAUUGUCAUUGUCAUCAAUACACUAACUACCAUGAACAACCAAUUUGAAGCUCUUAAUGCACCAUAGUUUCGAUUUUUACUCUUCAUAUCUCAUUAGUUAUGCACACAAAUCACAUCUCUUUCACUCUCCCUUCAAAUUCAUCCAAAAAAACUAAGAUUUUGAUUUGAAGCUUUGUAAGGUUCAUAGAGACAUUGAAGCUCAUGAUUUGUGGUCAUUAACGACUUGGUAGCUUUUGUGGUGAAGUUCUGAGUGCUUGGAGAAGCACAGCAAGUAAUCUCAUAGGCUCAAAGUAUGAAAUCAUUUUUUUUCUCAGAUCUAUUCGCGAAGACUUUCAGAAGACUUUCUGAAGACUUCGCUAGAUGUGUUCUCCAAAUCACAUCUCUUUCACUCUCUCUUCAAAUUCAUCCAAGAAAACUAAGAUUUUGAUUCCAAGCUUUGUAAGGUUCAUAGAGACAUUGAAGCUCAUGAUUUGUGGUCAUUAACGACUUGGUAGCUUUUGUGGUAAAAUUCUAGGUGCUUGGAGAAGCAAAGCAAGUAAUCUCACAGGCUUAAAGUAUGAAAUCAUUUUUUUUCUCAGAUCUAUUCGCGAAGACUUUCAGAAGACUUCGGAAAGACUUUCUGAAGACUUUGCUAGAUGUGUUCUCCAUCAAGAGAGAAGUCUUCUAACUUUCCUAUAUUAAGAAAAAAAACCAAAAAUCCCAGAGAAUACUAGAAGUCUUCUCGAAUAACUAGGUUAGUUUUGCAAUUGACCGAAGUUUGUCAAAAAUUUGACUUUUUAUAGAAGACUUCUCGGGAAGUCUUCUCAGGAAAAACUUAUAUAGAAGUCUUCUGAAAGUUUUUUCGAAGUCGUCUCACUGUCGAAAGAAGUCUGCCUUGGUUACUCUUGCAAUUGAAAAAUAAUAGUGAAACAUUUAGAAGUCUUCUCAAAUUUUAUUCCGGGUUUCGGUCAAACCUUUGGUUACAAGAGAAGAGUCUUCUGACGGAAGACUUCUAGAGAAGUCUUCUCUAGAAAAGUCAAAUAUAGUCAAUUGCAAAAGUAUUUCAGGUAGACUUCUUGCAACACUGAGAAGGGUUUAAGAAGACUUCCGAGAAGUCUUUUAUAAAAAGUCAAGUUUCUAACAAACUUCAGUCAAUUGCAAAACUAACAUGUUUAUCCGAGAAGACUUCUCGAGAAGUCUUCUCUGGCAUUUUUGAGAAUUUUUUUAAUUCAAAAUUAAACCAAUAUUUACAAAGGAAAAAUUCUCAAGAUGUCUUCUGUAGAGUAGACUUCUUAAGAAGUCUUCUUUCAUAAAUUCGCAAUUGCAAAAAUGACCUAAAUAGAAGACUUCUAAAGAAGUCUUCUCGGAGAAGACUUUCGUAGAAGUCUUCUCUUAGGAAAUCUUCUAUGUCAAUCUUUAUAUAUAAACUACACUUUCAAUCCCUCCUGGUGGUGCCAGCUCGGAUUACACGUCAGAAAUAGGAAGCCUCCCGCGUUGACACGUCAGAUAUGCUCCGUAUCACUAAAGCUUUGUUCUGUCCGAACGGGCUUCACGUGGGCUUUGUGUUGCGCUUCGACUGCGGCCCAUCGACCACAAGCUUCUACGGAAACCCUAAUCAGUUGCGAUGCGAACCACUUUGUGUUCUUCGUUUCUCUUUGAUCGCGCAGUGACGAUCCAGUUAUCUAAGCAGCACACUACUUGGUCAUCCUUCAUCUUCCUAUCCAUCAGUUGCGAUUGCAUUCGGUAUAUAUAUGCACCUCACGGAACCCUCAAACAAUCUAAUCCUUCAACAAUCUUCUUCAGAUCCUCCUUUAUCUUCUUUCUCCGUUAGAAGCAAUUGUUUCUAAGAGACAUCUAAAUUGAAAUUUCAUCCUAGAUUCUUAUUAAUGGCAGUCUGUAAGUUAAAUUUCCCUUUUUGUUCUUUCUGUGCACAUGUAAUUUACAUUUGCUCAAUUUUUUUUUGCAUCUGUGUUUGACGUUUGAAAAUCUAAAUCCGAUUUCAAAAUCAUGGAUCUGGAAAUUAAUGAUGCGCUGGCGAUGGAAAUUUGUCGUGAUACCAGCAUAAAUUCACAGGACGGUUGGCGUUCCUCUCCGGCGUGUAAGUUUACGGAAACAUAACACUUUUUCAUUCUUUAUGAAUCUCCAAGAAAUAAAGGAAUCUUUGUGAUAUACAAUCAGAUCUUUAACAGACUAAGUUGUUUACAUUCAGAUAGAAUCGUUCAUCGUUAUAUGAAAAAGAUACAUGCUUUUGGAUUAACAGAGCAAUCUAUGGCUUGCUAAUUUUGGAGUGGCUAGGAUUGGAGCUCGUAAUCCAAAUGACAUGACUGAAGAAACUGGUACUCUUGGAUACGUGGCUCCAAAGUGAGAACGUCUCAGCCGAGAAGAUCAAGAGCUGAUGCAGAAGCUUCCUGAUUCCAGCAAAUCAAACGCCGUUGAACAACAUAAAAUCUGUUUCACCCAAUUCAAAACUCUCCUUCUUUUACAGGAUUCAUUUGGUAAGAAGCUGAUGGAUAGGAUCCGGCCAACCCAACCCCGGUUCCUGCACAGUACUCUUCGUCCGCCUCUACCACGGUGUCUCAACCCAACUCCGGUUCCUGCCAUGUUGAUGCAGAUCCACAGCGACACUAUAGGUGUUGCCAAAUCUGCACUUUAAUCCUCCUAAGUUCAAUCUCAUACCGCAAAUUUAGAGACACGGUGUGUGACACCCCCGAUCGUAGAUGACCAGAAAUGACACGGUCGAUGUUUCUCGAAUGUCGAUCUGAGGUUCUCAGAAUACUUCCGAUCGCCAUAGAGCAACAACCAAAGAACACCAACGCUCCUAUCGGAUAUAACUCUAGGCUUUUUAACCCGACAAAGCAAUACCCGAUAGUUAGUUCGUCCGGACGAGGACUAAUAUCAUAUGGAACCCGUACUUAAAAAAACAUCCUUUAUAUAUCAAUCAAAAGCAUCUUACGAAAUUUGUUAUAAAUUAACCUCGAGGUUUUCGGUCUACAAAUCUUAUUCAUAAGAUAUAUCAAAAUAACUUUGCAAGGAUAAUAAAACUACCGCUGGCUAAUGUUGUUCCUUCCCGUCCUAGAGUAAGGUCUCCCACCUACUGGUUACAUGCAUCACAAAUGAGUCAUGAGUAACUAAUUUACUCAGUGAGCCUAGUCCCGCACCCCAACAUAUAUCAAUAAUAUCUCAAGCAAUCAACUUCAUUUGUAUGCAGUGGAAAUAUAUUCCAUAACUAAUAAAAAUACAUAUUUAAGGUCUAUCCUUCCAUCAUUGUGAAUCUAAUCAUAUACCUCACUUCCUAUUCUCGUCUCUCAUAUCAUUCAUAUAAUCAUAUAUAUAUAUAUAUACCAGACCCGAGAAACCACAAAGGCUAAACGAGUCUAGCGAGUUAGCAUCACCAUCAUCGCCAUCAGAUAUUCAAAAAUUGAACAUCUUAACGCUGCAUGCAGUUAUACGGCCUCCAGGGUGCGACCCCAUCAUCGUGUCUUCGUGACCUUGUUCCAUAUCGCAGGACCAAUUCACGGUGAUCAUCAUUCAUAUGAGAAUAUUUUGGAAGACAGGUUUAUAAUAAGAUUUCACAUGAUUAAUACUUCCAUACUUAAUUAUAUUUAAUACUAUACAUAUGUAUUAGUAUUUGAGAACAAGUACUAAGGUUUGGAAUAAACCUCUAUGAUCAUUCAUAAAUAUUUAAUAAGUGUUUACACUAAGUAAACAUCUUACCAAUUCAAUAUUGAUCAAGAGACAAAGCCUAUUAAUCAUCUACAAUCAGUACAUUCAAUCAAGAAAUAUUCAUUCACUACUCACCACUCAUCUAUGUAGACUCACCUUUGAUUCCAUGAGAUUGGCUAGGGAAGACUAGAAUCAAGCUCAACUAAUAACACUCCAUUUCACUCCGAUUUCCUCAAGCUUUAAGAUGAACUUGGUUGAUAUAAACUUCAAG